GUGAUAACUGGGAAUAAUCUAGAUGUUUCUGGUAAUAAAUGGACUAUGGCAUAGAAGUUUGCUCUGACUUGCUCUUUGGACCGUGUAAAAAAACCUUUAAUGCGUAAUAACAGUGAUUACAACUUUACAUAAAUAAAUAUAUUUAUAUACGUGUACCUAUUUAAUAAAAUUUCAUCAUCUGUUAUUCUGGUAAAUAAGUACACGUAAAUAAUACAAAUAAUAUAAUGAUUAAUGUGCAUUUGUGGUGAAGUUUGAUUGGAUAAAACUGGAUAAAAUUUUAUAUUAUUUAAAUCUAUUUAUAAAUUUACAAUUUAUUUGGACUUGUCUAGGUGCUCAAAUACAUAUUUAUAUAUUUACAUGACGUUUAUAUAUUUGAUUCGACAAGUAAAGAUAAGCAAUUUGAUAAUAAAUAUUAGUUUGCUUUCGUCAUUUUUACAUUGUACGUGUGUGCCAUAUCAUCACGAAUUUUAAUGGCUUUAACUUUAUCGUUCAUCAGUUAAUCUACGUCGCAAUUUGAAUAAACCAAAAAACCUGUUUACUCUAAUUUUGUACAAAUUAUUAUAAAAAAUACAAAUCAUGGCAGAGUGUCAGGAUAAUAAUGUUAUUAAAUUACUUGUCAAAGCACCUGAUCAGAGAAUUGAUGAUCACAUUAUUGAAUGUCAGCUUGAUUGGAGCGUGGAAAAACUCAAGCAUCAUUUGCAAGAAUCUUAUCCUAGCAAUCCAAAAGUGUGUGAACAGAAAAUAAUUUUAUCGGGUCAAGUUCUCAGUGACUUGGUUAUUUUGAAAGAUGUUCUUCAAGAACAUCAUAUUUAUACAAAAAAUACUUAUAUUAUUCAUCUUGUUUGUAAAUCCUUAACAAGAUACACAACACCAAUAGCCAAGCCAACAACGGCAACGACGUCUGCUGCUACUACUACUACUACUGCUACUGAAACACCAACUCACCCAGCUGUAAAUUUAUCAGCACAAUCUUCCUUUAUGCAAUAUCAGCAAUACCCUGGUGCUCAACUUAAUAAUCAACAAAUUGUAUGGAUGCAACAAGCAUAUGCACACUAUUUAACUCAAUACAUGCAAAUAAUGAGUGCACAAGCAAUGCAGUGGCAAAGUACAAUUCCUUAUGCUCAAACGUCAACAAAUACUGAUAAUAAUAAUUUAAAUAAUGUUGGUGGAAAUGGUAUCAAUAACAAUGCUGAUAAUAUUAAUGAACUUAGAAAUCCAAUCAAUAAUCCACCAGCACCAGUACAACCACCAGUUGUAGGUGCACCAAUUAAUCCACCAAAUAAUAAUAAUGUUGGUGAAGAAAGAGAAGCUGGUGCGCGUGCUGAUUGGCUAGAUACGUUUGAAAUAUUUGCUCGUCUUCUUGUUUUAUCUAGUAUUGUUUAUUUUUAUUCUUCACCAUCAAGAUUUCUCAUUGUUACAUUUCUUGGAUUUGCUGUUUAUUUAAUUCAAGGUGGAUUCUUUAGAAUUCCACCAUUAUUUCUCGGUGAGAAUAAUAAUGGACCUAUGGAAAAUAAUAAUAAUAAUAAUCAACAGCAACAACAACAACAAGAAAAUAAUGGUGCUCAGGUACCAGGUGGACAAGAACAACAACGACAAGGUGUUCAACCUCAACAAGCUGAUAAUGAACCACAAGUACAAACUGAUCCACAAACAAAUGCUGUUAGAGAUAAUGAAAGACCAAAUGCUUUGGCAUUUGCUUGGACAUUUUUUAGUACAUUCUUUACUUCACUCAUUCCAGAACAACCACCUGUUAUCUAAUUUUUAUCACAAUCAAAAGAUAUAAAAAUAUAAUUUGUGUGCAUUCACUAAAAAAAAAAAAAAUUUAAUCGAGCUUUGCUUUUCUUAUUAUUUUAUUUUUACAACAAAGCUAUGAAUGCACUCUAUGUAAUAUAAUUGUUACUGAUGUUAGUAUGACAACUGAGGGCUUGAGAGUUGAGUUUAAAACUUUUAAAAAUAAUAUAAUUACAUUGAAAGGUAAAUAAUAAUCUCUUCU